AUCAGCAAGUUGGUACUAGAAAAAGAUGAAUACUCAUAGAACUGAUAAAUUAGGUGUACUGCAAAGUUCAGAAUCUCAAAUGGAUUUUAUUAAAAAAACAUAUUCUGAAAUAUACCAUGCUAGUAGUCAUCAAUCCAACACCUAUGAUCUUUUAUUGAAAGAUCUUGUAGACUAUGCAACUCGUUGGGCAUGGACGAAUGGUUUAUGUUUUAUCAAAAACCCUCCUUCGUUAAAAUCCACAUAUUUGAUCCCUUUCUCUUUGUUACCGUCCUUAAUUCCCAAAAAAUCAUUUUAUCAAGGUGAAAUAGCAAGUCGUUUAUACACGGAACUCUUAACUAAGUUACUGUAUUAUCCUGAAUAUCUUGAAAUUUUGCAUGAAAUAGAGAAUGGUCCGGGUGAGGAAUUCAUUUACCAACUUGUGACCAUUGCUAAGCGAUGUUAUGGUUCUGAGCCUUUUCAACGCAAACUUUCUGAUGAUAUUUUGUUUGGCGUCUUUCGAUCCGAUUAUCUUCUAUCUUCUUCAGACGAAAUUCCACUAGCUCAGGUUGAAAUAAAUACUAUAUCCGUUAGUUAUGGAUCUAUUGCUUGCAAAUUAGAAUCUUACUACAGAAACGUUUUGCGUAAAUUAUUCGGUUCUCGUGAUCGUGACGAAUUCCACUUACCUUCAAAUUCCGCUUUAAGUUCGACUGUUUCCAGUAUGAAGAAUGUCUAUGAUAUGUAUAUCGAAAAGCAUAAAAACAACAUCGUCGACAAUUGCCUACCAGCUGUCUUAUUUGUUGUAUCUGAUAAGGAAAAAAAUCAAAUGGAUCAGAAUUUUCUUCAAAUUUAUCUUGAAGCUUUACAAGUCCCUGUAUUACGAAAGAGCUUUGCGGAACUUUGUUAUAUGGUGACAAAAACAACUUGUGAAGGAUUCCCAUACCUUUCACUCAUUCCCCUUAACGUGAAUUCGAUCAGUCCAACGUUAAUUGAUUUGAAUAGUCCUUUUUCUCCUGGGCGUCUCAUUCUAUAUGAUAUAAAACAAUUUUAUGAAAUCGCGCUCAUUUAUUACCGUACAGGGUAUGACCCGUCAGAUUAUUCGUGUGAUCAUCAUAAAUGUUGGAAAUUAAGAGAGUUGUUCGAGUUUUCUGAUGCUAUCAAAUGUCCAAAUGUGUACCAUCAGCUUUCUGGUUUUAAAAAAAUGCAAUCAAAAUGGUUGAACUUCAUUCAUGUGUUGCGUUCACCCGAUAUUGACAAGGCGACAAAAAUAUUAACGUCGGUGGCAGUGGAUCAUGUUAAUUUGAGCGAUUAUUCUUCUUCGGAAAAAACAAGAAAAGUCGUUGCAGAAGCCUUAAAAAAUCCAAAUAAUUUUGUUUUAAAAUCGCAACAAGAAGGCGGUUCCGAAAUUCUUUAUGGAAGCGAAUGCUUAGACAUACUGAAACAUUGCCAGGAUUUCGGUUGUGAAUCCUCUUCGGAAAAGUCAUGCUACUGUCUUAUGCGAUUUAUUCACUCUGAUCAGCAUCAAUCAAUUUCGAUUUCUUCGGCAGAAUCAAUCACGGUAAAGGAACGUACAGUCUCUGAAUUAGGAUUUUUCACUACGACUAUUUCUUCACAAAACGGUCUUUGCGAAGUUAAAUCUGCCGGACAUCUUUUACGAACUAAAGAGGCUCAUCUUCGUUCUGGCGGUGUAACUAUAGGGUCCGCAUUUUUAGAUUACCCUCUACUUUAUUAAAACAUUGACGCUUUUGCUUUUGUAAAAUCGUAAAAAGUCCAGGAGGAUACUUUUGUAAUAAGCCAAAGUUUUCGUAAAGCAGAAUAAUAUUAAUAAAACACUCCAUUACACUACAUUAAAGCAUAUCUUUUUAGGUUCUUCAUUUUCUGCAUUUUUAAAAAAUGUUCAUAAGACAACACAAUUUGACGCUUAAAUAGAUUAGCGUAGUACUAUUUGUUUAUAAUUUACGGGUAAUUUACAUUUCAAGAAUCGUACAAAAUUUGAUAAAUUAAACUAUUCAAUUU